AACUAUGAUAGUAUUUUCAUUAUGUAAACAAUACUUAUGUAUAAUGUAGUGGUAUAUAAAGAGAAUACGUAUAAAUGAUUGGUUUUGAUGCUUCAUCAUCAAUGAAAUACAAUAUGAUUAAACACAAAUUUAUCAUGCGUAAUUAUUCAUUCGUGUUUUUGUAAUUGCAACAUCAUGCAACAUGAGAUUGUUGGGUGUGUACGGUAUAUCUCAUUUUAUUUUUCUACACAAAUUCACUGCAUACGACAUUGAUGAAGGAAAACUAACCCAAACUAGGAAGAAGACAGACUAUCUGCGUGAGAGAGAAAAAAAAAGUAGUGGAUGUCAGUCAUUGUAAGAAUUUUUCCUCCAGUUGUGACGAAAAAUGGAGUUAAUUACGACGUACAAUAUUGAAAAAAAAAUAUUUAAGAAUUUUGAAAGAAAUGGAAUAAUACCGAGGAGACAAGCAAGCACAGGAUUAUGGCUAGGAUUAUUAAUUGGUCUUUGUGCUAUCACUACUUUACUCAGAGAGGACCACAGUUAUUCAGAAAUAUGCUUACUUGUUGGAGUUACGGGAAUCAGUUUGAUAAUAAGUUGUUUUUGUCUAUUUAUACAACUUUCUCGUAAUACAACUGCUAGUAGAGACUUUCAAGUAUUAUAUUUUUUACCAGCAAGUAUAUCAUCAAUGUUAUAUCUUCUUUGGGUGAACAAAGGAUUAUUCGUGAGUGUGAUUUGGGGUUUGGGAGUUGGAAGUUUAAGUACAUGGGGCGUUUUACAAAUCAUGUCACACCUCCCUGGAUGCUUCACAUUAGGUGAAAGUAUUACAGUAAUGCAUGGAAUUAUUUUAUUCCUAUUGUCAUGCGGAACAAAUUUACCUUUAAGAUAUCACUUACCACCUCUGCAUGAUGAUGAUAUUGCAACAACAAUUUUGCAGGUUGGAAUUCUUUUUGUAGGAUUAGUAUGUUUUUUAUGCUUAUUUUAUCCUAAAGUAAGAACAACUAAUUACUUUUAUUUGAUUACUUUUGGAUUAUUAACAUUUGGUGUUAUUCCAUUACUCCAUGUUUUAUUAGACCAAAGUCCCUUACUUUGGAUGAUAUUUUUUGCAUUUGGAAACAUCAAAAGGGUAUUUUUAAUUAUUUAUUGGGCAAUUUGUUCAUUAAUCACAGUUACUUUCAUCACGUAUAAAAUAUUUUCUGACUCCAAUGCCACCACAGUGGAUAGGAAAGCGUUGCACUUUUUGGCAGCUUUAGUCUAUUUACCAGGCUUGAUAUUGGAGCCAACACUACUUUAUCUUGCUAGUGGAAUCGUAUUGGCCUUAUUCAUCUUUCUGGAGUUAAUGAGAUUAAUCAAAGUCCCACCAUUGAAUUCAGCUUUGGAGUAUGGAUUCUCCGUAUUUGUUGAUGAUAAGGACUGUUCAAUAGCUCUUACACCUUUGUACCUUCAUGCUGGUUUAUCAUUUCCCCUUUGGAUGCCAACAAGUAAUAUUGAAUUAUUACCCCUUUUAAGUGGAGUUUUAUCUUUAGGCAUAGGAGAUGCAACAGCCAGUAUUGUUGGCACACUUUGGGGUAAGCAUAAAUGGUCAGGAACUAACAAGUCAAUAGAGGGAACAAUUGGCUGUAUUUUAAGUCAAUUAGUGGUUAUUUAUGGAUUAGCUAUAUUAGGCUUUGUGUCAAAUGGGUGGUUUACACUCCUGAAAAGUACUCUAGCAGUAAUUGGAGUAUCUUUAGUCGAAGCACAAACCAAUCAAAUUGACAAUCUUGUUCUACCUCUUCUUUUAUACAUCUUUUUAUUAAUUUAAGUUUGGAUGUUUGAAGAAUACUUUAACUAAGUCUGAUGAAAAAUAUGUAUAUUUUCGCAUUUGUUGUUCAUCUUGAUGGGAAAAAGUUCAAAUGAAUAAUUAAAUAUUUUUCUGAGUAGAAGUUAAACCCUUCAAAAUUAGUCAUUCACCAAAGUUUUAUAUUUUAUAAAAAUUAAUGAUGACAUUGAACAAAAUGAAAAUUAAAUUAAGCGCACUUGGUGUAAAGUGAUACAAACAUUGCAACGAAAAAUUGAAAGUUAUUUUAUAAAAGCCAUAUUAAUUUUAUAUAACCAUUGUUUUUGAUACUUUUUGAAAGUUUUUUUUAUCUGAUAUUAUUAAAACAGAUUUAUUAUAGCCCUUUUUCCGCAGGUAACGGUUGAUAUUCUUGAUGUAGAAAUAAUUUUCUUGAUAUUAUUCUUAUAUGUUAAAUGUAAAUGUUAAUUACCAUUAGUGUUACUAGUUAUUGAUAUAUUGACGCUUAUGGAAUACAAUUGUUGCAUUCCUAAAAAAAACAUUAACAUGGCUAAAAAUUGUUCUCAUUGAAUCAUAUGAAAACAAUUUGGGAGUAUUUUUAUACUUAUUGUUAAUGUAUAUAAUGUAAUAAAUAACUCCAAAUUUAA